AUGCACAAAGACUGGCUACAGACACUGAUGGAUUCAUUACCUUCUCGGAAUCAGUCAGGAAGAAUUCAUCUUUCAAAGUUUGAUGUCUCCGACGUAAGGCCCACUCCUCCAGAGCCUUGGAUUGUACCAGCAUUCACUGCGGCAGCUAAAGUCCGUGUAAUCGUGACUUUCUGUUUCUUCACUGUGUCCAUGUUCAGCAACACAGCUGUUCUGCUCAACGUCAUCAAAAAGAGGAGGAAUUCACACAUCAGGAACCUGAUCUUGAGCCUCACUGUGGCUGACCUAAUGGUGACUGUUUUGGUGAUGCCACUAGAUGCAGUGUGGAAUAUAACCGUUCAGUGGUAUGCAGGUAACAUGGCAUGCAAGGCCCUGAACUUCCUGAAGCUAUUCGCCAUGUACGCCUCUGCACUUGUCCUGGUGGUCAUCAGUAUGGAUCGUCAUUCGGCUGUCUUGAACCCAUUUAGUUUUAUCCGCGCCAGUCACAGGAACAAGUUAAUGCUUUCCAUGGCAUGGAUCACAAGCAUGUUCCUGGCCGCUCCACAGCUCUUCAUUUUUCAGGUGCAGAAUGUGAAUGGCAUGAACUUCACCCAGUGUGUGACGUAUGGGAGUUUCACUGAGCCCUGGCAUGAAACCUUCUACAACAUGUUCACCUUCAUCACCCUGUACGUCACGCCUCUCACUGCCAUGGUGAUCUGUUACAGCAGGAUUCUGUGGGAAAUAAGUAAACAGGUGAAAAGAAAUAGAGAAAUCGCAAGAACACAGAAUGAUUACAUAUUGAAAGCACGAAUGAAAACUCUCAAAAUGACCAUCAUCAUUGUUGUGUCAUUCAUCAUCUGCUGGACCCCAUAUUAUCUCCUCGGACUGUGGUAUUGGUUCAAUCCAAACGUACUGAAGAACGUGCCAGAAUAUGUCAGUCACAUACUGUUCUUAAUUGCCUUGCUGCAUACCUGCUCGGAUCCGAUUAUUUAUGGGUUUUACACACCGUCCUUUAGAAAGGAUAUCCUGACAUGUUGGAGAGGGACGAGAGCAGAGAUCACGAGGAACGAAACGAAACACAAAGGAAAGCCAGUCACUGCCAAAUCCUUACGAGAUGACACAAAUGGCAACAUCCUUAAUCACAUUGAGAUGGUGUCUGUAAUCCCCAAUUGA